AAGAGCUUCAGUUCCAUCAUAAUCAGUGAGGUCAACACAAUGGCGAAUUCCCCGGUGGAAGUGAAUCUGAUCCCGAUCGAAGCUACUCCUGAGACUUUCGCAGAGUAUGGUCAAGUCAUCGGACUCUCUCGUGAUGGUGAAAGUUUCGGUCCCAACGAUGCUCAAUUGGAUCUCUCCGGAGGAACCCCACGAUUCUAUCUAAUGAAGCUCAAUGAUACACCCAUGGGCUUUUCCAACAUCACUCAUCACGCAAACGUAACACAGUGUCUAGGAGCAAUAGGAGGUCAUGUUUGGUAUCUUGGAGUGGCUAAGCCGUCUCUUAUUGAAGAUGAUGAUGAUGAUGCUGGAAGGAGAGUAGAUAAAGUUAAAUCAAAGUCUGGUCACUCGUACGUUCCUCCUGCGGUUGAAGAGGUGCGCGUCUUUAGAGUCUCUGGACCAAAGUACAUCAAACUCAACCGAGGUACAUGGCAUGCUGGACCGCUCUUCAAAGACAGCUCCAUGGACUUUUACAACCUAGAGCUCAGCAACACAAAUGUGGUGGAUCACACGACCCAUAGUUUCAAGAAGAAUGAUGGAGUCGUCUUCCGAUUUGAAGAACCCAAAGAUGACACAUCGUCCUAGCUCAAUCUUUUAUCAGUCUGCCUUCUGUUUUGCUUGCUUCUGUUUUCAUGUCUACGACUACUAUAUAGAUAUAUAUGGCAACUGCCAAUACUGUGUGUACAAAUUGGUAAUAUGUAUACCUGUUUCGAGUGAUCCUUUUCUCCGAA